CAGACCCACAGCUCCUUGCUCAGUUCUACUACGCUGAUGAGGAACUAAAUCAAGUAGCAGCUGAACUGGACAGUUUGGAUGGCAGAAAAGACCCGCAGAGAUGUACACUGCUUGUCAACCAGUUUCGCUCCUGUCAGGAUAAUGUUUUGAACAUCAUAAAUCAAAUCAUGGAUGAAUGCAUUCCACACGAACGGGCCAACCGGGACUUCUGUGUGAAGUUUCCAGAGGAAAUACGGCACGACAACCUAGCAGGACAGCUGUGGUUUGGAGCAGAGUGUUUGGCUGCAGGUUCAAUUAUUAUGAAUCGUGAAAUUGAGAGCAUGGCUAUGAGGCCAUUGGCCAAGGAUUUGACCCGGAGUCUAGAGGAAGUCAGAAACAUCAUUCGUGACCAAGCCUUAAGGGAUUUGAACCUCUACACUGAAAAAAUGAAAGAUGCACUUAAACAUUUUGAUGUGCUUUUUGCUGAAUUUGAAUUAAGUUAUGUGUCGGCCAUGGUACCCGUGAAGUCACCAAAAGAAUAUUACGUACAGCAAGAGGUAAUCGUGCUUUUUUGUGAAACUGUGGAGAGAGCUUUAAGGCUUGGAUACCUCACUCAAGACAUGAUUGAUGACUAUGAACCAGCUUUAAUGUUCACCAUUCCAAGGUUAGCCAUUGUGUGUGGCCUGGUAGUCUAUUCCGAGGGACCAUUAAACUUGGACCACAAGCCAGAAGAUAUGUCUGAGCUCUUCAGGCCUUUUCACACACUGCUAAGAAAAAUAAGGGAUCUGCUUCAAACAUUAACUGAGGAUGAACUGCACACGCUAGAACGUAAUCUCUGUAUCUCUCAAGAUGUGGAUUUUCCGGUCAGAGCGGAUCCAGAAGUGCCCUCUGUCAUCACACCUGGCCUAACUGCAACUUUGCCUGGGAAGGAGCUUUCAGCAAAAGCUGAAAACACGGAGGCUGAGCUCGCUUGUUCCAUGCAGUAUGAUGAGCAGGAGCUGGAGCAGCUGAAUCGGAUGGUGCACCGAGUAGGGGAUGAAAUGUCUUCUCUGCUUUCCCCUCCGAGCAUCUGCCAGUCUCCAGCUCACAGACCUAGUCUAAGGAACAGUUCUAGCACAGAGGCCUCGCCAACAAGACACCAUCUUGACAAUUUAACUGAUGAAGAGGACAGAGUGUUUUUUAUGGAUGACCUAGAUGGAGCAGGAGAAGCUCUUGCUGGGUUGGAUUCAGUAAAUGAUACUUUUGCUUGGGUGAAUAACCCUUGCCACAGCUCAAAAGAGAACCUGCAAUAUAGAGACGCUCUACUGUAUGAGAACGGUCAUCAGGCAGAGGAAACUUUGCUUCUGAAAGAUGUGGGAAGUGACUUCAGCAAUAAUAACAAUAUUGAAGACAGCAAACAGAGGUCUGGCAUCUCAGUUCAGAAUUCGUGCAGCUGUUUAGAAGGUCCUGAUUCACAGUUAUACCUCAAUGGUUGGGAUGCUUAUGCUGAUGAUGCAGAAAUGGCAGAAAUGAUAGCUCACAGGACAGGAGGAAUGAAAAUAUCUGCUACUGUAAUAUUUAAUCCUAAAUCUCCCUCUAGCUCAGAAUCCCCAGUAACAACUCCAGAAGCAGCUAUCGGUUGUGUUGCUGGAUCUGCUAAUCCAUUGGCAAACGAGGAGGAGAACGAAUCCCAUAAGCUCAGUAUAGCUGCCACAAACUGUCUAAUUAAUUCCUGUGUGUGUUGUGGCAGCUGUGAAGACAGCAGGGAGGAGAGUGUUAGAGGUUUAAAGACUAAGCAUGCUGCAGGAAGUGUUGUAAAUGCCUCAUAUACUUUAGUAAAGUCUAAAGAAACUGACCAUGUAGAUAACUCGGGCAAUUCAGUCCCUGCACAGGAAACUUUAAAACCUGAAACUUCUCCUGCUUUGCUAGCAGACAGAGACUUUGGCAGGGAAGAGCAGAAACUGCCAAUCUCCUCUAAGUGCCUGGCACAUUCCUCAGGUUCACAGGUAGGAGUAGAAAAUGAGUCACAAGGAGAAGUAGAAAUCAUCUCAAAUCAGCAGAAGAAGUGGGAGAAGAGGAAGCAACCAUGUGAGAAACAAAUGGAGAAUAACGAAGACAGUAGUAGUGAAAGGACAGCAAAGGAUGACAUCAAGUCAAGAUCUAGUUCAAGUUCUCAGGAUGGCUUACGUGAUUCCCCCCUCAGCUCCAUCUCCAGCAGUGACUAUGAGAGUGUUUCUGUCACUACAUGUAGUCUCUCCAGCAUAUACGCUCUGAGCAGUUUAAUGACAAGUUCUUGUUCAUCUGAUGACAUUGAUCAGGAAGAAAUUCAGCUUGCUUUACAGGCUGCUAAAAUUGCCACCAGAGAAAAGAUCAGAUCCAGAUUUCAUGGCAGCAAUGAUCUUAUCCACCGGCUUUUUGUCUGUAUCUCAGGUGUUGCUGACCAACUGCAGACAAACUAUGCUAGUGAUCUGAGAAGUAUCUUAAAGACCUUAUUUGAAGUUAUGGCAACCAAACCUGAAACAGAAGACAAGGAGAAGCAAAAGAAAGUUAAUCAGGGUUUAAGGAAUGCAGCACUGGAAGAUUGUGCUUUAUGUCAAGAAAGUAUAUCAUCUUCAGAACUUGCAGCAAAAGCCAGAGAUGGGGACUUUGAAGAUCCUCCUGACUGGGUCCCAGAUGAGGUCUGCAGCUACUGCACUGCGUGCAAGGCUCCCUUCACCGUCAUCCGCAGGAAGCACCACUGCAGGAGCUGCGGCAAGAUCUUCUGCUCCCGCUGCUCCUCUCACUCUGCUCCAUUACCUCGUUAUGGUCAGAUGAAGCCUGUCCGUGUUUGCACUCACUGUUACAUGUUCCAUGUCACUCCUUUCUAUAGUGACAAAGCUGGUAUCUGAUGUAUUAAACUAGUGAUGUGUCUAUUGGAGUCUUAAAGGGACUAAUAUAUUUGACCUAAGCCAAGAAUUCACUUGAAAGAGGGACUCUGUGAGGGCAUGUAGGCUUUGACAUCCAUUAUUAUGUAUUUUGUACAGACAGUUUUUACUGCAUUUUAUUACGCUGCUAAAGGGAAGUACGAAGCGUCUGUAGCUCUAACGCUACAGUACAGUCUUCCAUAAAUUUAUAACAUUAACGUUAUGAUGCCAUAUGCCGAACAAAUGCACUGCGUGGAAAGAAAUAGGGCUUAGAGAACUGAGCAAAUACUGCUGCUUAUCAUACAUGCUAAGACCAGAGCAGCUGGUUCACUAGUUCAUCACAGCAAAUCAGUCGCAAAGCUGGGACACUUCUGUGCUCACUAAACUCUAGCAUGGCCGUGGCUGUCAGCUCUCCCGCCAGCUGCGGAUUAGCUCCUCCGUUACUGGGUUUGUGCCACCUAUGCUAGGAUUAAUCAAAG